AUGGCACUUGUUGAUCUGAGCUCAAAGAGACAGUGGAGAGAGGUCAAAUGGGAUCCCCCACCUGAGCCAAUGACCAAAAACAUUGCAUUUCAAAAGACAGCAGCACAGAGUAGCAAUUAUAGUGAAGGCGGCAUCCCCCACUGUGCUGCGUAUGCUGUAGAUGGGAACACUGACACAGACGUCAGUCACAGGAGGUGUUCUUACACAAACAACGCAGCUGCAAGCUGGCAGGUUCUUCUUGAUGAUCAUCGGAUGUUCAACAUCAGCAGGAUCAGGAUCUACCUGAGAAAGGACUUUUGGGAAAACAACAAUGGCCUGCAGGUGCUUGUGAACGGCGACCUGUGUGUCCCUGUGAGUGGAACAACACCUGACUGGUUACAUGGACCUGUCACAAACCCUGUUGACGUCACAUGUACCCACGUCAUGAAGGGGAACAAUGUUACCAUUACCAUAAGCGGACAAUUUCUGACAUUGUGCGAGGUUCAAGUGUUUGUUUGCAGUGAUGGUUGGUUUGGCUCUGACUGUAACAAGCAGUGUCAGUGUCUAGAUCCAUCUGAAGUAUGUGACAAGGAGACUGGCUACUGUAGGAGUGGAUGUGCUGCUGGGAAACACGGACCAGGGUGUCAGCAAGACUGUGACCAUGGUCACUACGGGGUCAGCUGUUCCUACACGUGUGGUCAGUGUAGUGGGUCAUCUGAUUGUCAGAAGGUUAAUGGAACCUGCACACAGGGAUGUCAACAGGGUUACAGUCCCCCUUUGUGUAAAGUGUGCAAUGAUCGGUGGUUUGGCACCAACUGUAGUAAACAGUGCAAGUGUCAGAAUGAAAUAGAAGUAUGCGACAAGACCACAGGGAGCUGUACAAGUGGCUGCCGUGCUGGGAAGACAGGGGUUGGAUGCCAGGAUGAUUGUGUCCAGGGUCAGUAUGGGAUCAACUGUUCCUCCACGUGUGGUCAGUGUAGCCGGUCGUCCGACUGUAAUAAGGAUGAUGGACACUGCACACAGGGAUGUCAAAUAGGUUACCUCCUCCCUUUGUGUAAAGACUGUGUAGAAGGACGCUACGGUGUUAAUUGUUCACAACAAUGUGGCUCGUGUAAAGGUGACUCACCGUGCAAUACAACUACUGGUGUCUGUAUGCUGGGAUGUACAGAUAACUUUGAAGAACCAUAUUGCAAAUCAUGUGUCCAGGGAAAGUACAGUGUAAACUGUUCAGCCACCUGUGGUCACUGCAAGGAUGGACCUGGCUGUGACCGGUCAACUGGACACUGUGAAAGGGGAUGUUUGCCAGGAUACGCCCCACCACUGUGUGUGAAAGAAUGUGGAGACUACACGUACGGUCUGAACUGUUCUGGUGUGUGCAGCUGUCUGAACCAGUGUGAGGUGUGUGACAAAGUCACAGGGGAAUGUGGAACUGGGCACCAGAACACAACAACAACAACACCAACAGGCACUGCGAGUCCAGUCAAAGCUGAUGAUACAGGCAAUGCAACAGACGUUCGCUUCAUCGUCGUGUGUUGCCUAAUGGUGUUGCUCUUGGCAUACUCAGCUGUAGUAACAACACUUAAUGUCAGGCUCAGACGACUACAAGCCCUAAGCAAAGCUGAACUUGAAAAACAAUAUAUGUCACUGGAAACUCCAGAGGAAUCAUCUGCCUAUGACGUCAUUUCAAUACAAGGAGUCACUAAUGAUGUUUAACUUUCUUUCAGCCGGGAAGCGGGUGUGUCUGAAAACUUACAGUUUGUCAACGCGUAGUUACGAAGCAGGUAGUGAUAAGAAAAUAGCAAAGGCGUUUUACUUCAUCAAAACACAUAGCAGCCCCAUGAUGUUUCCUUGUUCAAAGGUUUCAGCUCUGUUUGAACGUCUUAGAUUAGGA